AUGGUUGCAUCCCUACCCCAUACCCACCAACAAGAGCAAACCAACUCCUACUUGUUUCCUGCAAAAAUCAUUUUCCAUCAACCCCAACAACAGAAGAAGAGAGGCCCACCAAGGAAGUCUUUUGCUCAUGGAUUGCGCCUCUCUCCCACUAAAUUUUUUGAAUCUCGUGGAGCUUCUGCUUCAGAAAAUCUCUAUAAGAAGUCUCGUGGGAGGCCCCAAGGAUUUGGAGAGAAAAACCGACCACAAAAUUUAGUGAAUUUUGAAGAUUCUAGUGAUGGUGGUGAUUUUACUGGUAUUUCUUCUUCCAAGAUUCAAGGUAAGAAGCCCUUUGGGAGGUCGUUGUGCUCUGGAAACAAGCAGAAGGAAGAAGCUCUAGAUGCAGUUGAAGCUAGAUGGACGCGACACUUAAUCUCGGUGCAUAGUGGGCAGGAUGUUGUAGGUAAGCUAAUAACCUUCUUACAACAAGGACCACGACCACGGGCACUUUCUAUUAUAUCUGCAACUGGAGUCAUAUGUAAUGUGAAGCUACGGGAGUCUGUAAUUGGUGGUGGAACUGUGACUUAUGAGGGUCAAUAUGACAUCAUCUCAUUAUCAGGCUCAAUGCUGCUGCUAGACAAUAAUGAUAGCUUUGGAAUAACAGGUGGUCUAAGUGUGUUACUGUCUAGGCCCGAUGGAAGUAAUAUUUGUGGCAUUGUAGCAGAAAUGCUCAAGGCUUCCUCUCGGGUAGAGCUGGUUGUGGGUAGCUAUAUUCCGGUAAAGGAAAAGUGUAUUCCUGAAGAACCAUCUUCAACUUGCUGA